GCUAGUGAUGGGUGCUUACAUCAGCUGUGAGAGGCUUUGACAGAGGGGACUUGGCUGGUUUGGACCAUUUGGAUCCAGAGUCCAGUUGGCAGAUAUGGUGAGGCACAGCAUGAUGACAGAGGUGCAGACCUUCCAGCACUCCCUCCAGGGUAACUCCCUGGCUUUGGGCCAAGUGGGGCAGAACUGUGGGGGAACUCAGGAGAACGGGGUCGCUUCAGAGGAGAGACAGCACCUUUCCCAAGGCCCAGAAGAAAUCGAGAAAAGCCAGCCAGUGAAUAUCCCAGAUGCAGCUAAACGAAAAAAGAAGAAAAGAACCAGAGCGACCGACAGCUCCACGGGCACAUUUGAUGAUCUCUACAAACUGAUGGAUGAGGUGCUCGGUCAAGGGGCGUAUGCUAAAGUUCAAGGAUGCAUAAGUCUGCAGAACGGACAGGAGUAUGCUGUGAAGAUCAUAGAGAAGAGUGCAGGGCACAGCCGCAGCAGAGUCUUUCGAGAAGUGGAAACUCUCUACCAGUGUCAAGGAAACAACAACAUUUUGGAAUUGAUCCAGUUCUUUGAAGACAGCUCCUGCUUUUAUUUGGUAUUUGAAAAGCUGCGUGGUGGCUCCAUUCUCACACACAUCCAGAACCGGAAGCACUUUGACGAGCUGGAGGCCAGUAAGGUGGUCAGGGACAUUGCACAAGCUCUUGACUUCCUUCACACUAAAGGCAUUGCACAUAGAGACCUUAAGCUGGAAAACAUCCUUUGUGAAUACACUGAUCGGGUGUCCCCAGUAAAGAUCUGUGAUUUUGACUUGGGAAGUGGAGUGAAGCUCAGCAGUGCCUGUACGCCCAUAACGACUCCAGAGCUCACCACACCGUGUGGCUCAGCAGAGUACAUGGCUCCAGAAGUAGUGGAGGUGUUCACGGAUGAGGCCUCUUUCUACGACAAACGCUGUGACCUGUGGAGUCUCGGGGUCAUCCUCUACAUCCUGCUGAGCGGCAGCCCCCCCUUCACGGGCCACUGUGGCACCGACUGUGGAUGGGACCGGGGAGAAACGUGCAGAACCUGCCAGAGUCACCUGUUUGAGAGCAUCCAGCAGGGCAAGUAUGAAUUUCCGGACAAGGACUGGGAUCACAUCACAGAGGGGGCCAAGGAUCUCAUCUCCAAGCUGUUGGUUCGGGAUGCUACUCUGCGCCUCAGUGCUGCUCGGGUCCUCAAGCACCCUUGGGUGCAAGGGAACGCUCCAGAGAGAGGUCUUCCAACUCCUCAUGUUCUACAGAGGAACAGCAGCACCAAAGACCUGAGCCAGUUUGCAGCAGAAGCCAUCGCCUUUAACCGGCAGCUAUCUCAGCACGACGAGCAGCAGGAGGACGUGGGAGCCAUCGUUUGCUCCAUGAGGCUUUCUCCUCCCUCCAACUCCAGACUGGCCCGCAGACGGGCGCAGACCAACGCCCUGCGCACCAGCGACUUUGCACCCGCGUCGGACGACCUCACGGCCUGAAGGACCAGUGAGGUCCUUGCGUGUGUUUUUAUAAUUUAUUUUUUCACCAGGAGCCUUUUAGGAUCAGCCACGCUGUAACUGUUCUUGGUGUUGAAGCUCUGUCCCAUGGCCAGUAAUCUUAUCACCUGGACAGAGUUUGAGCACUGACGGUUAAUCGUCGGCUACCACUUCCUUAUUGAUUUUAAAUUUGACAACAGCUUUUGGGGUUUACUGUUACAAUUAGUCUUAACAGAGAUAUUUAUUUUCUAUUCAAUGAUUCAGUUUAGCAGAAACCGCUCUUAAUGCCUGUAUGAGUACAUAUCACUAAUAACACAGCAUUACGUGGGUUCAGUACAGUUUUGCAGCUGUUACUGUUUUAAUGUAAUAUUAUCUAAUAUUGAUGGAUUUUAUUUUUCUUGUUGUCCAACUGUGAAUUAGUUAAUAUUUUAUUUAAAUGCUGCUUAUUUUUUUUUCGGUCACUGGAGGAAAGGGAUGAGUUCUCUUUUAUGUUUUGCUUUUUGAAGCUUGUCAGUGUAUUUGGUUUGAUUGUGGUUAAAUUGAUAAACACUUAAAGGAGACUGUUCAUCAGUGAAAAUGGGCUUUUCUCCAUGCUACACAUCAUUUUUAAAACUUAUUUUUUUUUAAAGUCAGUCGAGGCUACUUGGACCUUACAGAACGUGCAGGAAGGUGAAUGGAUGUUGAAAGUUUGAGAAGACUCUUUGAUCAAAUAGUUUUUUUUAUUUCUUAUCGUUCUUUCACUUCAACACAAGCUACCUGUAGCACUGACGUACUUUAACAUAAGUCACUGAUUUCAUUUAUCUGAAAGGGAGAAUAUUGUAUUCUAUGUAAGUGAAGUCAACACCUGCAGUGAUGUUUUAACAACCGUUUAAUCCUCAUUAGAGUCCAAUGUUGCCUCUGGCUCUUUAUGUUUUUUGCACCACAUCUUCGCACGUUUUGUAACUAAACAUCCCAAAAAGACUUAGUUUCUUAUUAAGUUAAUAUCCGUGUGUGUUUUUACUCUGCUGAAUUGAAAUGUGAGAAUUGUUUUUGUUUGUAGCUGAAGACUUGACGAGGUGACGAAAUCCAUUCGUCACCUCACUACACUUUGUAGUGAGGUGACGAAUGGAUUUAAUUUUAUAUUUGUAUAUUAUUUAGUUUUGGUUCUGUGACUCGCUCCGAGUGUGCCGAUGGAAAAUAAUAAUAAUGGACUAACCAAAGUUUUGAGUCCAUCAAGUUCCUUAUUUUAAUUUUAAAGAAAUAUUUUAACUUCUUUGUUUCACUCAUUAUGAAGCCCAUCUUUGUUUGACCAGUGGACGGCAGUCUAUCACCUUUUUAUUUCCCUAAUCACCCAAUUAACUCUCUGUGUUGCGCCUGUUAAAUGACACGUCCCCCUGAUUUCACACUGUUGCCAUGGACACCCCAUCCCUAUAGCAACACUGGGCCAUCAGAGGCUGACGGGGAUUUGCUCAGCGCAAAAAAAAAACCCACUUGGUAUGUUGAAGCCCUCUCACUCCCAUUAUGAAUCAUAAAUGGACUUCUAAUGUAAUAUCAUCAAAUGAGAUGCAGUUAUGGGGUCCGAUGCAUAAAGCUCUGUGUGGAGCACAUUUUCACUGCUGUGUUCUCAAUAAAAAAAAUAUCCUCAAACAUA